UGUGGAAAAUUCAAAGAAAAAGGAAAUGAAAGCUGUGAACAAGAAACAAAAUAGGAAAUAGAAUAGAAGGGUCGGAGAUUUCCAAAUUGUAAAGGGGAAAAAGAAAACCGAGCAGAAGAGAUUCAUAAAUCCUCCUUGUCUCGCGCUAGCUUUCUGUAAACGGCAAGGUGGCCGGCGGCGACUCUUUUGGAUCGUUUCUUUCAAUCUAAAUUGGAGAUACAAUGGCCAUGGUUGAUGAACCAUUAUACCCCAUCGCCGUCCUCAUAGACGAGCUGAAGAAUGAUGACAUCCAGUUACGACUGAAUUCAAUCCGUAGAUUGUCAACAAUUGCACGUGCUCUUGGCGAGGAGCGAACCCGUAAGGAGUUGAUUCCUUUCCUGAGUGAAAACAAUGAUGAUGACGACGAGGUUCUCCUUGCAAUGGCUGAAGAGCUGGGAGUGUUUAUUCCUUAUGUUGGUGGAGUGGAGCAUGCCCAUGUCUUGCUGCCACCUUUGGAGACACUAUGCACUGUUGAGGAGACAUGUGUAAGAGACAAAGCUGUGGAGUCGUUGUGUAGGAUUGGAUCUCAAAUGAGGGAAAGUGAUUUGGUUGAUUGGUUCAUUCCUCUUGUCAAGAGAUUGGCAGCUGGAGAAUGGUUUACUGCUCGUGUUUCGUCUUGUGGGCUAUUUCAUAUUGCUUAUCCUAGUGCACCUGAUACGGUAAAGGCUGAAUUACGUUCAAUAUAUAGUCAGCUCUGUCAAGAUGACAUGCCAAUGGUCAGAAGGGCGGCUGCAACCAAUCUAGGAAAAUUUGCUGCAACUGUUGAAGCAGCACAUUUGAAGACUGACAUCAUGUCAAUGUUUGAGGAUCUUACCCAAGAUGAUCAAGAUUCUGUUCGUUUGUUGGCCGUUGAGAGCUGUGCUGCUCUUGGCAAACUGUUGGAGCCCCAGGAUUGUAUUGCACAUGUUCUCCCUGUUAUUGUGAAUUUUUCACAGGAUAAAUCUUGGCGUGUUCGCUACAUGGUUGCAAAUCAAUUGUAUGAACUUUGUGAAGCUGUGGGGCCUGAGCCUACCAAGACGGACUUGGUACCAGCAUAUGUUCGGUUACUCCGUGAUAAUGAGGCGGAAGUGCGUAUAGCUGCUGCUGGCAAAGUAACCAAGUUCUGUCGCAUCUUGAACCCUGAACUCGCAGUUCAGCACAUUCUUCCUUGUGUGAAGGAACUGUCCUCAGAUUCUUCCCAGCACGUCCGUUCUGCUUUGGCUUCAGUGAUAAUGGGAAUGGCCCCUGUGUUGGGGAAGGAUGCCACUAUAGAGCAGCUUCUUCCGAUUUUUCUUUCCCUUUUGAAAGAUGAAUUUCCCGAUGUGCGACUCAACAUUAUAAGCAAGCUUGAUCAAGUUAAUCAGGUUAUUGGAAUUGAUCUUCUGUCACAGUCUCUAUUACCAGCAAUUGUUGAGCUUGCCGAGGAUAGACACUGGAGGGUUAGGCUCGCAAUAAUAGAGUACAUACCUCUACUGGCAAGCCAGCUGGGUGUUGGUUUCUUUGAUGAUAAGCUUGGGAGUCUUUGCAUGCAGUGGUUGCAGGACAAGGUUUAUUCAAUUCGUGAUGCUGCUGCUAAUAAUUUGAAGCGCCUUGCUGAAGAAUUUGGUCCUGAGUGGGCAAUGCAGCACAUAAUCCCACAGGUUCGUCUCCCCCUCUCUUUUCGGUUAAGAACAAGACUGGUCCUGGAAAUGUUCAACAACCCGCACUACUUAUACAGGAUGACCAUUCUUCGGGCCACUUCUCUUCUUGCUCCUGUGAUGGGAGCAGAGAUUACAUGUUCGAAACUACUGCCUCCCGUUGUCAAUGCAGCCAAGGACAGGGUACCCAACAUCAAGUUUAAUGUGGCAAAAGUACUGCAAUCCCUCAUUCCAAUAGUUGAUCAGUCUGUGGUGGAGAAGUCGAUUCGUCCUGCUUUGGUGGAGCUGAGUGAGGAUCCAGAUGUAGACGUACGUUUCUUUGCGAAUGAGGCACUUCAUGCUAUCGACAACGCCAUGGUCUCAGGCUAGAUAUGUGCCAAUAGGUUUUUACAGUUGAAUUUUUGUUUUUUAUUUAUUUCUUUCUUUCUUCCUCGUCGGACAAGUUACCGUUGAUUGAUUGUUGUUGCAAUUCUUCUGUAUUCGAGUUGUACUGACUUUGCCCUCCUUUCAAAAUGCUGGGUAGCAGACAUGAAAGUGUAAUUCUGUAAUCUAAUAUCUGAUGCGACAGACAUGUCCUUGUUGGAACUGGACGGUCUGGUAAUAGAAUUGAAAGCUUCAUCGUCUACUCAAUGCCGUGGAUUUCUGCACUUGUGUUGUAUUAGUUCUCUCCUUUUAACAGGAUGAAGCUAGC